AUGUUUAAGGAUUUAGAGAAUGAUAUCGACGAUGAUGAUUAUAUAAAAUUACAACAUCUAAUUGAAGAUGCACAAAAACCAUUAUACAGCGAUUGUGAGAUUUCAAAACUUGAAGCUGUGUUGAAGCUAUUUAACUUGAAAUCAAAAAACAGAUGGAGCGAUACAAGUCUCACAGAUCUAUUAGUUGUUUUGCAUGACAUACUUCCGAAAGAUAACGAGUUACCAAUUUCAUUUUACCAAGCCAAAAAAAUGAUGAAUCCAAUAGGAUUGGAAGUGGAAAGAAUACAUGCAUGCCCGAAUGAUUGCAUCUUGUAUAGAAAUGAGUAUGAGGGCAGUCAUAAAUGUGUUGUAUGUGACGAAUCUAGGUACAAGAGAAAAAGUAAAACUGGUGAAUAUCAUAAUGAUGUGACGAAAAAUGGACCACUGGCCAAAGUAAUGUGGUAUUUUCCAAUUAUACCAAGACUAAAACGAUUAUUUUCAAACGAGAAAGAAGCAAAACUGUUACAUUGGCAUUCUGAUGAGCGUAUAAAAGAUGGGAAAUUAAGACAUGUGGCAGAUUUGAUUCAAUGGAGAAAUUUUGAUAGGAAAUAUCCAGAAUUCAGUAACGAGGCUAGGAACAUAAGGUUUGGGCUUAGUUCCGAUGGAUUCAAUCCUUUCGGAAACGCUAGUAGUGGUCAUAGUACGUGGCCGGUUCUUCUUUGCAUCUACAAUCUUCCACCGUGGUUAUGCAUGAAACGAAAAUACAUAAUGAUGCCGUUGUUGAUUCAGGGUCCAAAACAACCUGGUAAUAAGAUUGAUACUUAUUUGUCCCCUCUGAUUGAUGACCUAAAAACUUUAUGGAGUUCUGGAGCAGAUGUGUAUGAUGCUUAUAAGAAGGAAUAUUUUAAAUUGAGUGCCAUGAUUUUUUGCACCAUAAAUGAUUUCCCAGCGUACGCUAAUUUAUCAGGAUAUAGUACGAAAGGUAAAAAAGCUUGUCCUGUUUGUGAAGACGAGACAAGUUCGGUGUGGUUAAAUAAUUGCAGAAAAACGGUAUACAUGGGACACCGAAGGUUCCUUCCGCGUGGUCACAAUUAUCGGUUUAACACAAAGGACUUUAAUGGAAGUACCGAGACUGGAAAAGCACCCAAGAAUUUUGAUGCAUUUUCACGAGUUACAAAUCUAGAAACCGUGUUGGGAAAAAGAACUCGUGUAAAGCAAGGUGUUAAUUGGAAAAGAAGAUCAAUCUUUUGGGACUUACCAUACUGGAGACAUUUACAAGUUAGGCAUUGUCUAGAUGUUAUGCAUAUCGAGAAAAAUGUAUGUGAUAGCUUGAUAGGAUUAUUAUUAGACAUUCCCGGAAAAACUAAAGAUGGUAUCAAUGUUCGUAAAGAUAUGGAAGAAAUGGGAAUACGUAAAGAGCUUGCCCCUGUUGAUAAAGGUAAUCGUAUUUAUCUGCCACCUGCGUGUUAUACAAUGUCAAAGGAAGAUAAAACAAAGUUUUGUACAUGUUUACACAAUAUUAAAGUUCCAUCUUGCUACUCUGCAAACAUUGGAAGGUUGGUGUCGAUGAAAGACCGUAAAUUAAUUGGUAUGAAGUCUCAUGAUUGCCAUGUUUUAAUGACACAUAUGAUUCCUAUUGCUAUCCGUGGAUUGUUACUAGAGAGCACACGACACACGAUCACAAAACUUUGUUUGUUUUUUAACAUGAUUCAGUCAAAAGUUAUUGAUCCUGAGGAAUUGGAUGUAUGGCAAAAAGAAAUUAUCAUCACGUUGUGUGAACUAGAAAAGUACUUUCCACCGUCCUUUUUUGAUGUGAUGGUUCAUCUGGUGAUUCAUAUCAUUGGAGAAAUCAAGGCUUGUGGUCCUGUAUUUUUGCGUUAUAUGUACCCUUUUGAAAGGUAUAUGGGUGUCUUGAAAGGUUUUGUAAGAACUCGUAGUCAUCCUGAGGGUAGUAUUGCUACAGGAUAG